CCGCCCUGCUAACCCCGCUGCGCGCCCGGGCUCCUGAGCGCUUCCAGUUGAGAGAUGGCGGCCAGCGCAGGUAGAUCUCGGCUACUGCUGCUGACUAGGAGUAGCGCCGGGGGGCUGACAGCGGGAUUCCCCGGGCUGGGAGUCAGCAGGCACCGGCCUCACAGAACGGUGCACCAGAGACACCCUGCAUGGCUGAGCCAAAGAGUAGUGUUUUGCAGUACAGUAUCGCCCUCUGAUGACGUGACUGUGGUUUACCAAAAUGGGUUACCUGUGAUCUCUGUUAGUCUUCCCUCACGACACGAGAGAUGUCGAUUCACCUUGAAGCCCAUCUCCGAUUCAGUUGGAGUGUUCCUGCAACAGCUUCAGCAAGAGGACCGAGGCAUAGACAGAGUUGCAAUCUACUCUACAGAUGGAACACGUGUGGCCUCUUCCACAGGGAUUGAAAUUCUCCUUUUAGAUGAUUUCAAGUUGUCCAUUAAUGAUAAAACUUAUCAUGUACAGCCACCAAAAAGAGAACUCUUAAGCCAUGAAGAUGCAACGUCAAUGAGCGACCUAAAAAUACUAGUUCAGCACCUGUACAGCACGUUGCAUAUUGAGGAACAUCAACUCAACAAGGAACAGGAGCUGAACGGGCGGCUUGAGGAUCUCCGAGGACAGCUAGAACCUCUUGAGAAACUGCGUCAGGAGAUAGACCGACGAGCAGAAAAGCGAACCACGUGGGUUAUGUGGGGUGGAUUAGCAUACAUGGCUACACAGUUUGGUAUUCUCGCACGCCUGACAUGGUGGGAAUACUCCUGGGAUAUUAUGGAGCCUGUCACAUACUUUAUUACUUAUGGAAGCGCCAUGGCAAUGUAUGCCUACUUUGUACUAACGCGCCAGGAAUAUAUCUAUCCAGAUGCCAGAGACAGACAGUACUUACAAUUUUUCCAUAAAGGAGCCAAAAAGACGAGAUUUGAUUUAGAAGAGUACAAUCGACUCAAGAAUGCAAUUGCUCAGGCCGAGUUAGACCUCAAGAGACUGCGUGACCCUUUGCAAAUGCAACUCCCCAUCCAACAAAUUGAUGCUAAAGAUUGAUCUUCAUCAUAUCUCUAAAUCCCCAGCCAAACCUGUGGAUAUCAAUUGCCUUUGAAUUAAAAUCAUUACAGGUGGUAGCUGGGACAUGGUAUUGGGAUGAGCAUUUUCUUUUUCUUUUCCUUUUUUUUUUUUUUUUUUUUUACUUUAUAGUAAAUGUUAUACAAAUGGAGAAGAAGGUGACAAGGGAAAUUAAUCCGCAUAAGAGGCCUUGACAAUGCCUCUCCGAAAGGGCUGCGGCAAAUUGUCUUACUCAAACUGUAGCUAUCUUUUUAUUUGUCUGUGGAUGAAAAUGCAUUACUGAAUAUAUGGGUGAGGGGUUUGAACAAAUUACAAUGUUUUAUUUAAUUUUGCUUUUCCGUUUUACUUUUGAGUUCCAUGUUUUUAUUUGGUAAGGUUAAGACCGUGGCAGAGUGCCUGUAAUCACAUCCGAAUUUUAGGACUGCCAAGCCAGUGAGGGCACAGCAGUAACAUACAGUAGUGCACAAUGAAUGGCGUUGGAAGAUGCUGGACCAGAAGUAACCGCAACAUUACAAUAACCUCUGCUCUAUAGAGGUGUUUGUGGCAGAGGCGCUGUUAUGCCUUUUUGUUCUUUAAACUCCAAGUUCAUGCACAUGCCUUUUCCAUGCAACACCAUCCAAUUUUAACUCAAGUCAACACAGUGAAAACUUUCUGCUAUGCAUAUUAAGGAAACGCACGUGAUUUUCUAGUGAUCACAUUCUAAGUGUCCCUCCCAUUGCCCUGGUUGACUAACCCAGUGGCAGAAUGCAUGAUAGGUUUGUGUACGUUCUUUUGGGAGGAAGCUGUUCCACUAUCCUGAGUAGGUGGAUCAGUUGGGUAGCGAUUCAAAGUUGCAUGAAUGUAUAAAGGAGCAUCACCAAUUCUAAAGCGAUAACCAGUAAAUGUCUUUAUGGUCUAGCUCUUUCCACUGGUCCCUCAUGAGCUAUUUCCUUCAGAAAUCUGUCUCUUGGGAUUUCCAGACGUCUAGAUUUGUCCAUGUACUCUCCUGCCUCCUGAAGGUUAGUGUGGCAAGAACUGAGCUGUCACCUCUGUCUUUGUUCCAAAGAUUUUAGGGGGGAUACAUUUUCUUUAUUUUUGUAUUGUUCCUUUGGAAUACGCUGCUCUUCCACAGACUUUCAAUAUCGAAAUGGUGCAGUCUCUCUUUCCAGCCCAAAUAUGGCUGGACAUUUUGGGGAGGGUUGGCAUGAUGGGUACUGAGGGAGGUUGGGGGCUAAAUGUUAACUUUACAGAGACACUUUUUUUAAAGCACUCCCCACUGUGAAAGGCUCCUACUUCAGGAAUAGAAUCGCAGAACUAAAGAAGUGAAGCCAGAUGACUGGUGCCUUGCAAAUAUUGUAAUGGAGACCUUAUUGAAGACUCCAUGUUGGCUUUACUAGGCCAUAGGUGACACAAGCAUUUGCAGCCUGAUAUCUGCUGAAAAUCCAGCUCUCCUUGCUGAUGGAAUGAAUGUUUUCUAUAUUUUUUUUUAAUAUCCAUCUUUCUUUGUCUGUCAUAUAUAUCCACAUAGUUAUGAGGUGAACUCCUAAGAGUAAAUGUCAGAUUAUGGCAACUAGAUUUUGGUGUAUCUCACUGCAUUUAAUCCCUAUGCUGUACUUUGGAGUAAUCAGUUCAGACAAUCAUGUUCAUCAAGUGGUCCCCCUUAAUUGCAGAGACACCAACUCAGCAUUGUCAGUCUCCCAAUGUGACAAUAGAAAUAUUCAGACCGGAUGACGUGGGUCUCUUUAAACACUAAAGAAAUUGGAUUUUGUUUUGAACAUUUGCAUUCAGUUUACUCUGAAUGAGCUGGGAAUGUAUGCACUUUGCUAGCACCUUCAGCAAGAAAGUUCAUUUUUUGUUCUGCAAAAAGGUCUCAAAGAAGCGUAGUAAAGAUGUCCUAGUAUUCAAUAGGGUUGGUGUGUGUAUGUGCGGGGAGGUUUGGAGCAUGGAGGAAUGUCCUAUCAAUAAGCAAAUUAUUAAAGAUGUCUAAAAUCCUGUAUCAUUUAUGAAAUAUGUAUAAAAGAAAAAAAUGUAAUUCUGCAACAAUAAACACACAAUUUUUGGAA